UAUAAAAACUAUAUUAAUCAAUUCUUCUUAUUUUCAAGAAAUGGAACUGCUGAAUAUCCAGCACCACAAUUAACUUUUCAUCAUGUGCAUGGUACAAAUAUUCACCUAUUACGUAAUUCUCGUGUCGCAAAAAGAAAAGAAUCGUUUUGUAAAGGACUCGCUUUUAGUUCAAGACCUAUUAGAGUUGAUGAAAAUGUAUGUAUACGAUUCGCUGAAGUUGUUACAAAUUGGUCAGGCGUUCUACGCUUUGGUGUGACGAAUGUCGAUCCAGCUUCAUUUCGUGGCACCGAUCUUCCCAAAUUUGCCUGCCCUGAUUUAACAUCUAAAGAUGGUUAUUGGGCAAAAGCUUUACCAGAGCGAUAUUCUGUUGAAGGCUCAAUUUUACAUUUUUAUGUAAAUACUGAGGGAGAAUUAUACUAUGGAAUUAAUGGUAUAUUAAAAGGACAAUUUCUUAAUGGAAUAAAUGUUUAUUUACCAAUGUGGGUGAUUGUCGACAUUUAUGGAAAUACUUCUGCACUUGAAUUCGUUGAUCCAAGUGAUUUACGACGCUUUCGAUUUGGUGGCAAAACUCGUUCACAUAGAAAUUCUUUAAGUGCACUUACAUCAACACAACAAGCGUCAUCAUCGUCAGUUUCUUCUCCAAGAGUCACAUUUUCGCCGCUUACAUUUCAUACAGUUCGUGGUAAACAUAUUUCAUUGAGUAAAAAUUAUACGAUAGCAGAAAGGUACGCUCAUGAAUUCGCUUGUGGCUAUGUUUUUUCUUCGAGACCAUUGCAAUUUAACGAGAAAUUGGUGAUUCAAGUAUUGGAAAUGGCUUAUUCAGGUGGUUUGGCAUUUGGAUUAACAUGCUGUGACCCAAAAAAUAUCCAAGGAUCGACGCUUCCAGUCGACAGUGAUGAUCUUUUGGAGAGAUCGGAAUACUGGGUCGGUAUAAAAGAUGUUGCUGGAAUGCCUAAGGUCACCGAUGAACUUGCUUUUUGGAUUACUAAAAAAGGCGAAGUAUAUUUUUCGAAAAAUAAUCUGCCUCCUCGUGUUAUAAUACAUGUUGACACUGCCGUUGACUUAUGGGCGUUUUUCGAUGUUUAUGGUACAACAAUGAAGAUAAGAUUGCUUGGUUUGUUCUUUUCAUUGGCUUUUAUGAUUGCCUUCAUCUUCAUUUAUUCAUUUAUCGUGAUAAUUGUAAACAAUUUCGAAUUUUAUUUUAUUAUUUUUCCUGUUUUUAAGUCACCAAAUAAGAAAUCUGAAGAAAUUGAAGCGGAAAUUGGUGAUGAAUGUCGAAUUUGUAUGAAUGCUAAGGUAAAUUGUGUUAUUUAUACGUGCGGCCAUAUGUCAAUGUGUUAUGAAUGUGCCACUGAAACAUGGCAUGUGAAUGGUGAAUGUCCAAUAUGUCGAAAAAAAAUCGAAGAUGUUAUAAAAAUAUACAAAGCUUAA